CUGCCCGUCUCUGGGGGCUCCGGCCGGUCGUCGUCCUUUAUCGGAGUCACCCUCUGCUUCGUCCCCUAUAUAAUAGGUAUCCCAUAGGUGCUGAGACCGCUCGCGAUACGCGUUAUCCUAUGUCCGUCCCUCCGUCGCGAUAGACGUUGGCAAGACAAUUCCAGACUCCGGAAGAGGAAAAGAGAACGCAACCGUAUACUCUCCCAUUGCGCUGCGUACCGACCUGCCCAUCGAGGGGCCCUAUUUGUGAACUCGGGUCCAACCUCUUUCCCCCUGUAGGGAUUCCGUUCCCUUCCCGACUCGACUCGUCGCAGGGAAACCAAGGAACCAGUAAGAGAAGCAAAUAAAGAAAGCCCGAAACCGAAGCCAUGCUCCAAGCCAUCUCCUCCGCCCACGACCCCCACCACGAGCGCCGCCGCAAGAACUCCCUCGUGAGCCUAAGCGCCGCCCUGCUCGACGGGAAGACCCACCUGCUGCUCGCCGCCAGCGGAUCCGCUGCCACCGUUAAGCUGCCGCUCAUCGUCGAGGCCCUCGGCUCGCGGCACCAACAGCGGCGACGGCAGCAGAGCGACGGCAGCCGCAGCAAGGACCUCAGCAUUCGCAUAAUCCUAACCCCGGCGGCCACCCGCUUCCUAGCCGGCCAGUCAGCCGACCAGCCCCCGGUGUCAGCCCUGCUUUCGCUGCCCUGCGUUGACGGCGUAUAUGUCGACGCCGACGAAUGGCGCGAACCCUGGAAGCGCGGCGACGCCGUUAUGCACAUCGAGUUACGACGCUGGGCACACCUCCUCGCCAUCGCGCCCCUGAGCGCCGACGCCAUGGCCAAGAUCGUCGGCGGCUUCGCGGACUCGCUUCUGACGAGCGUGGUGCGGGCGUGGGACCCGUGGAGCGAGCUUGACAUCCUGCCUCCCUCUUCUUCCGCCGCCACCGCCGCAUCGGCAUCGACGGAGACCCAGCAACCGCCGCGCCGCCGCCGCAAGAAGCGCAUCCUCGUCGCCUGCGCCGUCAACAUCGGGCAUCCCGUCACGACGAAGCACCUACGCGUGCUCGAGGAGGAGUGGGGCGUCAAGCCACAGCCGCCGAUCCCCACCGCCCACUCCGACGACGCCAGCGCCGCCGGCCCCCAGAAAGAGGCCAGAGAAGGAACCGGGGGAGAGGCCGAAGACGAGGGAGACGGCUGGUUCGAGGUACUGCGCCCGCGGCCUGCGGAUCUCGCUGCUCCGGGUGCCGCCGACGUUGGCGGCGACGGCGCCAUGCGUGACUGGCGAGACGUAGUAGCUAUCAUCGAGGACCGGCUCCGGCUGCUAGAGUGACGGGACAGGCUACAGACCGGUCGCGCGAGGGGGGGGGUAAGGGGUCGAGGGUAAGGUGCGAUGCGGAUAUGCAGGUACAAUGUAAUGGAUGCACGCCCGGAGGAAUGGGUCUGGGGAGGAGGUGGGCGGAGGUGGGCGGUAGAUAGCCAGCCCCAGCGUUGCAGACUCGGUUUCGGGGGCUAAAGGCGCGCCGAGGCUGGACGUGGGUAGAUCGAGUCUGCCUCUCUGAGGACGCCUUAUUUCUACUUGGCUAUCGGCUCGCCUCGCCUUGUCUAGCCUCGCCCACUG